AUGUUUGUGAUUUUGUCAGUAAGGCUGGUGAACGAAUGGGGGGUGCAAGUUCUGGUCCUUUUUAGCUUCGCGCUGCAAGUCUUCCUUGUGUCGUUCGCAUGGAUCCGUCGCCACAGCGUCUCCACCUUGGCGAGGAUGCUGCUGUGGAUGGCGUACCUGCUGGCCGACUCCACGGCGCUCUUCACCCUUGGCCAUCUCUCCAUCAGCAGCAAGGUGGAAGGUCACCAGCUGGUGGCGUUCUGGGCGCCGCUCCUGCUGGUGCAUCUCGGCGGGCAGGACACCAUCACCGCCUACUCGUUCGAGGACAACCGGCUAUGGCUGCGCCACCUGCAGACUCUCGUCGUGCAGGUGAUGGGCACCGUGUAUGUCCUCUACAAGUACAUCCCCGGCAGCCAGAGGAUGGUGAUGGUGGCCGCCGGCCUUAUCUUCUUGGUGGGCAUUCUCAAGUACGGCGAGAGGAUAUGGGCGCUGAGGUGCGCCACCGGGGACAGCAUCUGGAGCGCUCUGGAGAAGUCCGUGUCUGCGUCGUCGGACCGUCCCGACGAUGAGAGGGACGGGCUUCUCCUCAAGCUGUUGAAGCGAAGGUCCAGCUUGGACGCGGAGGAUGUUCUCAUGGCGGCUCACGGCCUGCUGGACGUGUGCAAGGGGCUGUUCAUCGGCCUGCGCUGCGGGCGGCGCGAGAACGUCCGCCAGGUGCUGCGGUCGUUCGAGCUGUGCGGCCAUCUUGACAAGCUGAUGGAGAUGGAGCUGUCCCUGAUGUACGACAUCAUGUACACCAAGGCCGUGGUGAUCCACACGUGGUACGGGUGCUGCAUCCGCGUCGUCGCGCCGGCCGCCAUGGUCGCGGCGGCGUCGCUGUUCGAGCUCACUGCCAAAGACCGGUACAGCAGGCACGACGUCGUCAUCACCUACGUCCUGCUGUUGGGGGGCUUAGUGCUGGAGCUGGCGUCCCUGGUGAGGGCGGCCGGGUCGACCUGGGCGCGAGCCAUGCUGCACGACUCCGGCGACAAGAGAUGCCGGCGGUGGCUCCACGACGAGCUGCUGCAUCUCCGCCAGCUUUUCAGGGCCGCAAGGCACAGGAGGUGGUCAGGCUACGUUGGACAGUACAACCUAGUAUCGGCCUGCUGCGCGUGCCGCGGCCUGGAAUUGCAACGAGGCCAUCGUCCUGGUCCUCUCCUCCUUGAGUGGUGGCACCAAUGGCGCAACUCGCGGUCCGCGUGUGUCGCGGACCCCGUGAAGGAGAUGGUGCUGAGAGAGCUACUAGUGCUGAGGAGAGUGCAGCAGCAGCAGGCGGACGAGAUGUUGAUCGGCUCGCUCCCUGGCCUCCUCACCCUACGACGCCGUCACCUGCACGGCCGCCUCGGGUGGAGCGUCCAGGAUAUCAGCUUCGAGGGCAGCAUCAUCGCCUGGCACAUCGCCAGCGACAUCUGCCUGUUCAAGGACGAGUACCCAAGACGGCGCGUCGGCGACGAGGCCAACCUGCGGGAGGCGAUCAGGCUGCUCUCCGACUACAUGAUGUUCCUCCUCGUCGCACGCCCCUACAUGCUGCCCGGCCCCGUCCGCCGCAGCCGGUACCUGCAGGUCCGCGGCGACCUGCUUCGGCUGCUCGUCGUGACGCGCGGCCGUGCUUCCGGCGGCGCGGCGCAGGAGGAUUCGCCGGCCGAGUGGGCGCUCCGCACAGGAUUGCGCGCUGUGCUCACCUCCUCGGAUAGGCCUGCUUCCUACGACACCGGCGUGAUACUUGCCGACAUGCUCUGCCACCAGCCCAACCAGCUGGAGGUCAUCUUUGGCGUCUGGGUGGAGAUGCUUUCCUACGUCGCCGACCACUGCAGCAAAGAAUCUCAUGCCAGGCAGCUCAGCGGCGGCGGCGAGCUCGUCACCAUAGUCUGGCUUAUGGCCAGGCACGCUAACCUGUCCUACGUAUCAUCGUCUUCAUCAUCAUCUAGAGUGGAGUCGUCAUAACAUCGGUACGCGCGUUUUCUUUCUUUCUUUCUUUUUCUUAUAAUAUAUUACCGUACGUGCUCUGGAGUAUUCAGUAGCAACUAGCUAGUAAAAAAAUGAUCUAUAUACGUACAGGCCAUUGAUUUAAGUAUUUUAUAUGUUCAGCUAUGUACCGAAUCGAACAAUUAUUUCUACCCUCUUAAGUUGUUCUAUCGUCAGUAAUUUAUUGGGGUAGAAGAGCUAUAAAAUCUUUCCGUGUCAUUAAGAGCUAAUACUGAGCCAACUUAUAUAACAGUUACACGUAAACAUAUGCUACAUCAUCAAUGUAUGAUCAAUUUCUCAUACACACGUAGUGUCUUAGAGACUGGGCUGCAGUUGGCUGUAAAAUCUAUAGCCCGCUUUUUUCUCUCUCAUUUUCU